ACUUCAAAGAGUUACCUCGCGGUUAUCUAUCUCAGAAGCAGGCAUCUGGUAUACUAUGUUUACACACCUUCCGCUUAUGACACGACGAUAGAUAUCAGGAGCCGCAUACGGUUCAAAAGAUGGGCUACAUCUGGAAACUGUGGCCCUUCAUCGCCGCAGACCUCAAAGUUUGUCAAGGGAGCGUUCUUAUAGCUUUAGUGGCUGACUCGCUUGCAGUUCCCCCGCGAACUUACCAUAAGAACGAUCCGUGCAGCUGCUCAUUUACGUGAUUGAAAUCGAUCUUACGUUGCCAACACUUCGAUUGGAUUCUCAGCGCUUAGACACUGCGCAAGGAAUGGGUCUCGACUUGAACCCUAUCACAAACUCCAGUCGACAGUGAAAACUAUCAUCGUUGUCCACCCCCGUUCUUCGGUUCAGGUUCAACAUUUUGGCAGGAACGGCGUUAGUAGCUGUAUAGAAAUGGAUACGCUUCACCCUGGAACCGUCACUUUAACACAAUGGUUAUCAAUCCUGAGCCUGCCACUUUGGUCACUGUCAUGGUGAUAACUAUGAUUUGUGGGGCCCUUUGCGACAUGGGAUAUCGCCUUCGACAGCCGCGCACCAAUGUCCUUUUGCGCUGCGAACUCUGCGACCUGAGCCGAACACUAAGUCCUGAUCUAUUUUCUGGAAACACAACAUCUUUAAUCAUAUUCGUAUCGCCCACCCAGGGCAUUGGAACACAAGUACCUCUCGCUUACAGCAUAUACCUCAAGGCUUCUUAGUUGGUUGUGGUGUCUCCCGGGUCCUGGCCUUGCAGUUUGGAGGCGUUGAAUCCAUGAAGUAAGACUUUGGAGGGCCCUGGAGUCAGCCUAUUGUCAAGCUCAAGGUUCGACAGAACGAGGGUGUCUUCUCAAAAUUCACGGCGUUCACAGCACGUACCCUCGUGGUCAUUCCAUGUCUCGUGUCUGGCUAUUCCAGUAUAAAGGGGCAGUCAAAGAGCCUCGAGCUCUCCGCAAUCCGCCCAACACCUCCAUCAGUUUCUCUGCAUCAUGUAUAUCUACAACGGCAAACUCAACUGGUAUGAAUACGCCAAAAACGAAUGUAUUACCUUUGUUUUUCCCGCAAGCUUUUCCCUGAAUGAUCCCGUUUGUGCCUACUGGCAAUGGACUGUGGAUGGCGCAGGCGUCAAGAAGAGCAAUUCGCUCCAGUUUGGCACCAUUACCAGCGUAACCACGACCUCUGAUCAGUACAACAUCGUUGUUUCCUUUGAGUACUACAGCUUCGAAGGAGUUGUUGCCUCCGACUUCCAGUCAGUGACGGUGACGAUGCGGAAUCCGCAGGGCGAGCGUAAUUCGGCGACCAAUCUCCAGAUUCAGUCUUCCGACGCCGUUCGAGUCCCCUCCACCGAAGUCUUCACUGGAAAGCUCAACUGGUGGAGCUAUGCACAGAAUGAGAUGAUUACUCUCGUCGUCCCCUCCGGCAUCACGAACGGAGCCCCAGUCGGUUUCUACCACGAAUGGACCGUGGACGGCGCUGGGCAUGCUAAAUCUAACCAUUCAGUGAACGCCACCCUUUCGUCUGUCUCCACCUCCGCGAAUGGGAACAUUACGGGCAGGUUUACUGAUGGGUACUAUACCUACCAGGCUACUUGGCUCAGUGGCGGCAAGGAAGCCACGGUUCGCAUGAGCAACCCCUCUGGGGACAACACGACGAACAACAUGAAACAUACGGAUUUUCGCUCAUUGGGCACCAAGAAGGCCUUGAUCGUGCGCUUCGGCACUGGGACUGACAACGGCAUAUUCCUCGUUCGGGAAAUGCUCAAUAAGCACCUGGGCUUCGCCAUCGACGACGUCGAACUGAUGUAUUUUGAUGUCGAGCCAAGCAACGGCCGUCCAGGCCAGACGAACAAUGGCCAGGACCCGCCGACUGCUACGCGAUUCAAGAACAAGUUCACGGAGCUAAUCUCAAAGGCGUCUCCAGGUGACGUGCGCUUUUUAUACGUCGACGCCCAUGGAACUACGUACCCCGACGAGGAUGGUUCUGGAGAAACAGACGGGAACGAUGAAGGGUGGAUCCUUGCGGAAAACGACCAAGGGACUGGGAAAGUGAUGGUUCUCGACGACUGGCUCGCAAAAGCAAUCCGUAAUAACCUGGCUAAGGUUGGAGUCAACCUGACUAUCCUCACGUCGUCUUGCAUGGGAGGUGGGAUGCUCGACACUCAUACCGCGACGCCAGGGGUCCUUCUUGCCGGGUGCCACGAGACCCAGUUCAACGUGAAAGCAUUGAGGACUUCCGCUGGCCUGGUGGAUCCAUGGGUGUUGGCUGUCACGACUGUCAUCAAGAAUCAGGUGAAGCGUAAGCGAGGGGUACCCAGCUAUUCUGCCUUGUUCAACGACGCGAAGAAAUUCAUAAAGCAGCAGCUAGAUGGUGGCAAUAUAAAUAGUAGGUACAAAGGUCCCAGUACAAACGAGCUGGCACCGAUUCCACGCGACCAAGAAUCGAACACGAGUAACCAGGAUCCUCAACUCAUUUUCUUCAGCGGAUAUUUUGAUCCCGAUGAGGAGAGAUUCCUGUUCCCGUUCGUAGCACCUCAUGGUGGCGAGGCGAAGGGUGAAGCAACCAGGUUCCCUAGGGAUGAGUAUCCCCAUGAUGAGCUGUAGAUUACUUCUGUAGGAUUCCAAUUGUUUGGAUACGCACUCGUCCGCCAUGUAUAUCGCCUAAAUUUCGAUUCCGAUAUUCAAAGUCAAUGCAAAGUCUUC